CUCGUUGCGACAUGGCUGAUGACGCCCCUUCGGAGGCCGCCUCCAGUGCGUUCACCGCCAACAUGGUGGAGAUCGUGCAGCGGCAGGCGGACGAGCACAGACACACGCAGCAGCUGUUGGUAGACGAGCUGAAGAGGCAAAGAGACGAGUACAAAGAGGAGCGAGACGCCUGGAAGCGGCGAUGCGAGCAGGCGGAGGCUCAGCUGGCUACGCAGAGGGAGAGCGGCCAGCUGACGCCGCGGACCCUCGUGUGGAGCGGGGGGCUUUACUACGAGACGGUUUCUCACAACAAGCCACACGGCACUGGAGUCCUGAGGACGCUCGACGGACAGCGCAAGCGAUAUGAGGGGGCGUGGAAGGACGGACAUUUCGACGGCGAGGGCACCUCCUACCACAGAAACUGCACGAGAGAGUAUCAAGGGCAGUUCGCCCGCGGCAAUCGUCACGGCUCAGGGACGCUGUUCAACAGCGACGGCUCCACUGCGUGCGACGGACAGUGGGCGAACGGCGCGAUGGUCGGCGAUGGGAUUGAGCGCCGCUUGCCUUGGGAAAGCUGUCACUAUGAAGGGCCCCUGCGCAACGGCACACCACACGGCAGCGGGACAGCUCACUGGCCGAAGGGCGGCACGAGUGAGGGGCGGUGGGAGGACGGGCAAGUGGUCGGCGAGGGGAAGGCGGAGAAGCUCCCCCUGAAGGACGGCAAGACCUACACCGGGCCUCUGCAGGACGGCCUGCCGCACGGGGACGGAGUGAGCUAUUACAACAACAGCCUCAAGUGUUAUGAGGGGCAGUGGGAGGGUGGGGGUAUGCACGGAAUGACACCAGCUACAAGGACUCCCUCUCUCCCACCAAGCAGUAUCAAGGCCAGUGGGAGGACGGCAAGCGGCAUGGGAGAGGGACGGUCUAUUUCAGUCGGUUGGGCAGUGAAUAUGUGGUCUUUGAGGGCCAAUGGGCUGAAGGAAAAGCCCAAAGCGGGCGCUUCUUCCCUCAUUGGUUCAGCAAUUGGUAUUGGCCGCCUGCAGCUCGCUUUCCGCCGGGGACCGAUCGUAGCAGAAUUCUCGACAGAGUCAAGAAGGAGCUGGGGCGCAUUCCUGAAUGGCUGCCAGACGAAUGAAUGACUGGAUCAUCGAUCACAGAAAU